AACCAAAUCUCCCCGAGAUCUUAUAUAUAGUCCAAUUCUUCCCACUACAUUUUUCAUAGCUCCACUUUCAUACAAAAUCAACUUUCACCAUCUACCUCUCUUUCUAGCUUCAACAGAUAUACUAACCUGCUCCACCACCAUGGCUAUGGCUUUCAUGAUGGCGACAAAGGGUAUGUGCGUGACAGAGGAAUGCAAGAAAUCGUUCAUGGAAAUGAAGUGGAAGAAGGUGCACAGAUACAUAGUCUACAAGAUUGACGAGAAAUCGAAGCUAGUGACCGUGGAUAAGGUGGGCAGCUCCGGCGAAAGCUACGAUGACUUGGCCGCAUCUUUGCCGGAGGACGACUGUCGAUACGCGGUGUUCGAUUUCGAUUUUGUGACAGUUGACAAUUGCCGGAAAAGCAAGAUCUUCUUUAUUGCAUGGGCUCCCACGGCAUCAAGAAUCAGAGCAAAAAUUCUGUAUGCAACUUCGAAAGACGGAUUAAGAAGAGCAUUAGAUGGAAUUAGCUAUGAAGUACAGGCAACUGAUGCUGCGGAGAUGGGUUUCGACGUCAUUACUGAUCGUGCUAAGUAAUGAUUAAGCAAGGCGAUUAGGAUUAACUAAAGUUUGUUUUGGAAUCUUUAUAAUUUUGAAUAAUGCUGCUGCUGCUUGUUGCUUUUCUUUACUCGUUAGUUGUUAACAUCAACUUUUUUUCUAAUCUCCAUGUACAUAAUGCCCCAAUAACUAAUCUAUGAUUAACACAUGCUGUGUUUUUGUUAAUUAAUGGAAAAUACCCUUAUUGUUGCCUUGCUUUUCA